CCCUGCAGCCCCCCGGGAUGCAGUAGCGGCCGCUGUGCGGAGGCCGCCAAGUAGCUGCAGCCGCCGCCGCCGCCGCGCAGACCCACGCUGGCUCCGUGCGCCAUGGUCACCCACAGCAAGUUUCCCGCCGCCGGGAUGAGCCGCCCCCUGGAUACCAGCCUCCGCCUCAAGACCUUCAGCUCCAAGAGCGAGUACCAGCUGGUGGUGAACGCAGUGCGCAAGCUUCAGGAAAGCGGCUUCUACUGGAGCGCCGUGACCGGCGGCGAGGCGAACCUGCUGCUGAGCGCCGAGCCCGCAGGCACCUUCCUCAUCCGCGACAGCUCGGACCAGCGUCACUUCUUCACGCUCAGUGUCAAGACCCAGUCGGGGACCAAGAACCUGCGCAUCCAGUGCGAGGGAGGCAGCUUCUCCCUGCAGAGCGAUCCCCGCAGCACGCAGCCGGUGCCCCGCUUCGACUGCGUGCUCAAGCUGGUGCAUCACUACAUGCCGCCCUCGGGGGUCCCCUCGCCCCCGCCGGAGCCCGCCGCGCCCUCCUCCGAGGUGCCCCAGCAGCCGCCUGCGCAGCCGCCGCCGGGAAGCACCCCCAGGAGAGCCUAUUACAUCUACUCCGGGGGCGAGAAGAUCCCCCUGGUUUUGAGCCGACCCCUCUCCUCCAACGUGGCCACCCUCCAGCACCUCUGUCGGAAGACGGUCAACGGCCACCUGGACUCCUAUGAGAAGGUCACCCAGCUGCCUGGGCCAAUACGGGAGUUCCUGGACCAGUAUGACGCCCCCCUUUAAAGAGCCGAGGGCAGGAGUCGGGUAGGGGGGCCUGGGCCCCCCCGCCCCUG